GCCUCUGCAGGCACAUGUCCUGUCAUGGUGAACGAGAGGCACAGUGGCAACCUGCUUGUGCAGCUGGGCCCGAGACUGCAGGCCUGCCCGCAGGAGCUGCUGCGGCAGCGGCGGGGCCAUGACGGCCAGCCUGAGUACCUGAUCCAGUGGAGUGUAGUCACCUUGGAAGAGAGAGCAGUGGAAGGAGGCAGCACCUCCUCUGCAGAGAGCAAGCCAGAGAAGAUCUCGCUGUGGAUGUCUGCAGAAGAGGUCUGUGCCUGCUGCCCGGCCUUGCUGGGCAAGAGGAAGCUGGCAGGGCCGUGGGUGAAAGAGGAGAAGGCAGCCGGCCCCUUGGCUGCAGAUGUGCCCCUGGAUGAAGAGUGGCUGCAGGAGAUGAAGGCUGAUGUCAGGAGCCUGGUGCGGCGAGCUGGCCGGCAGUUGGCCGAGGCCGGGGCCCCCGAGGCCUCCGCCCUCAACACCGUCCACGUGCUGAGCGCCUACGCCGGCAUCGGCUCGCUGGCAGAUGCCUUCAGGGAGGCAGGAGCCCUUGAGCUGCUGCUGAAGAUGCUGUGCCACCAGGAGCAGGAGAUCCGCCACGCUGCUGGCAAGAUGCUGAGGGCCCUGGCUUCGCACGAUGCAGGGAGCUGGGCCUAUGUCCUGCUCUCCCUGAGCCAGCAGGAUGACCUUGAGCAGCACAUGGACUUUGAGAGUCGCUACACCUUGCUGGAGCUGUUUGCUGAGACAACCUCCUCUGAGGAGCACUGCAUGUCCUUUGAGGGGAUCCACCUUCCCCAGAUCCCUGGCAAGCUGCUGUUUGUCCUGGUGAAGCGCUACCUGCGCGUCACCUCCCUCCUGGACAAGCUGAGCAGCGGCACGGAGCAGGGCGGGGAGCAGCAGGACUGCACCGUGCCCGGCCCGGUCACGGAGGAGAGCAGUCGAGCACAGCAGCAGUUCGAGUUCAGCACGGCCAUGGCCAACCUCAUCCUGGAGCUGGCGCACGUGAUGGGCUGGGACCAGGGCCGUCAGCCGGAGCCGCGGCCCCGCGCCGCCCGCUGCAUUUUCCCGCGUGGGGCGGCGUCCCGCAGCGCUGCUCCGGCGGCGGCCACCGCCGCCCCGCCGCGGGCGCCCAGCGGCCUGAGGCCGCGCUCGGCCCUCCCGAGCCGCAGCGGCGACGCUGAGUCCGUGCGCGCGAGGCUGGCGCGCGGCGCGCGGGUGCGCGUGCUGCAGGACUCGGAGCAGCUGCGCGCGGGCGACGAGGGCCACUUCCGGCAGAGCGGCGAGGGCGCGGCGCACGUGCAGGUGUGCUGGCAGCGCCUGGGCCGCGCCGCCUGGGGGCGGGGCCACACGCCGGAGAUCGCGGGCCCUUGGGAGCAGGAGGAGCAGGAGGGGCAGGAGCAGGUGACCGUCGUGACCUGCAGCCGCAGAGCAGCAGCAGCUGCACAGCCGUUGUUCUGCAAGCCCUCUGGGGGGCUGCACUCCCUGCCUCACCUGAGGGAGCAGCCCAGCAGGGCUGCAGAGGCCCUGAGCCGUGCGGAGUGGUGGGAGCUGCUCUUCUUUGUGAAGAAGCUGGCAGCAGAGGAGCAGAAAGAGAUCAUCUGCCUCAUCCAGCAGGAGCAGGGAGAGCAGAUGGAUGAAGAAGCUCUGCUCCAGCUGUCAGUACCUGCAGAGCUGGCCCAGAAGGUGCUGCAGGAAGUGGAGAAGCGGUGCCAGGGCAGCACUCGGUGUGACCUGCAUGGCUCCCACGUCUACACCAAAUACUCCCUCGGUAGGGGAGCUGAGCAGCACAGUAUGGGGAGCACCUCGAUGUCCUUGGAAGGUGAUGGCUCUGGGAGCCUUAUCCCUGAAGGCACAGUGGCCAAGGCAGCAGAGAACCUCUCUGCAGCAAAGGAGAACCUUCCUGCAGCCACAGUGCCACCCCGAGCCCCUGCUGCAGCGACCAAGUCAGAUGCCCAGCUGUUCAGUGAGCUCCUGGAGAGGGAAGGGCUGCUCUUGCCAGAGGUGACCGAGGAGCAGAGCAGAGUGCUGGGCAGCUGCAGGGGGUCGAGUGCAAGGGGCUCGCUGGCCCAGGUGGCAGCCAUGGUGGACAUGAUGGAGAGCAGCAGCUGCGAGGGGGGGCUGCACUUGGGUGGGCUCAAGCUCAUCCUGAAGUUCCUGGAGGAGGAGCCUGAGCAGCAAGCCAGCCAAGUCCAGGAUGGGCUGGAGACCAGGAGCGUGGGGGAGCAGCUGGUGAAGGUGUCAGUGGAGCUGCUGAGCAGCGAGGUGGCAGAGAAGGCCCUGCUGGUGGUGACCCUGCGGCUGCUGGCCCUGCUGCUGGCCAAGCACGACUGGAGGGUGGCGUUUGCCACGGAGGGCGGCGUGCGAGCCGUGCUGGCCUGCAUGCAGCAGCACAGCUCCUCUGCCCUGGUGCAGCAGGCAGGCCUGGCGGCCCUGAAGGUGCUGGUGGGAGCUGAGGCCGGCAGCCCAGGAGGGGCCGGUGGGAAGGCCUCGCCCCUGAGCCACGCCGACGCCCAGGUGAUGCGGGAGGUCUUUGCCAGCAUCGGCUCUGCCUGCGGCCAGAGCUCUGCCAGCCUGCUGAGUGCCAUCCCUGCUGCCAUCAGCACCAUGCAGAGGGUGCCAGGGGGCUCCUCGGGUGUGCAGAAUGGCUUGGUGGUGGUGAAGAUGCUGCUGGAGAACCACCGGGGCCUGGCGGAGCAGCUGGUGAGCUGUGACCUCCCCAGGGUGCUGCAGAGCUGCUGGGGGGAAGGGCAGAGCAGCGACUGCCCCCAGGCAGCGCUGGCCCUCAGCGUGAUCAACUGCCUGGCAGAGCACCAGCUGUCCCCGGGCACAGCAGGCAGAGAGGCCCCCCUGGACGUGGGGGACGUGCAGAUGCUCCUGGGUGGCCUGGGGGACGGUGUCUUGUCGAAGGAGGUGGUGGUGGCCCUGGAGCAGCAGCUGUGUGCUGCCAUCCCCUCGGGGCAGCUGUGGCAGCUGCUGCAGGACCAGAGAAGCUUCAGGCUGCUGCUGCGCAGCCUUGAGCUGCUGGGAGCAGAGAAGGCUGUGAGCCUGAGCAUCCUCAGGAUCCUGAACAAGCUCCUGGCCAGUUACCAGGAGGACGUGCUGCCAUGGCACGAGUGUGUGGAGCCCUGUUUGUCCUCCCUGAGUGCCCACAGCAGUGACCAGGAGCUGCCUGCUCCCCAGGUGCUGCAGGAGGUGGUCGGCUUCCUGCACGGCCUGGCCAGCGCCAGCAAGGACUGCGCGGUGGUGAUGUGCGGUGUGGGCACCCACGCGGCUCUGAGCCAAGCCCUGGCCAAGCAGGGCUCGGUCCCGGCGCUGGCGCCGGCCCUGCUGGCCCUGCUGGCCGACUGCGAGCAGCAGGCUGGGCUCUGCAAGCGGCUGAGCGCCAGCAUCCUGAGCGGCUGCAUGCAGCUGGUGCUGGGGCAGAUCGAGGAGCAGCGCCGGAGCCAGCAGCCCCUCAGCAUCCCCUUCUUCGAUGUCUUUCUGCACCACCUGUGCCGAGGCUCCAGUGUGCAGGCGAAGGAGGAGAAGUGCUGGGAGAAGGUGGAGGUCUCCUCCAACCCUCACCGUGCCAGCAAGCUCACGGACAGGAACCCCAAGACGUACUGGGAGUCCAACGGCAGCACCGGCAGCCACUUCAUCACCGUCCACAUGCAGCGAGGGGUGGUGAUCAGGGAGAUGAGCAUGCUGGUGGCCAGUGAGGACUCCAGCUACAUGCCAGCUCGAGUGGUGGUGCUGGGGGGAGACAGCCCUGGCACCAUCAGAACAGAGCUCAACUCGGUGACCGUUCUGCCCUCGGCCAGCAGAGUGAUCCUGCUGCAGAACAUGACCCAGUCCUGGCCCCUCAUCCAGGUCCGAGUGAAGCGGUGCCAGCAGGGUGGCAUUGACACUCGUGUGCGUGGCAUUGAGGUGCUGGGGCCCAAGCCCACUCUCUGGCCCAUCUUCAGGGAGCAGCUGUGCCGCCGGACGUUCCUCUCCUGCACUGCUCUGGCCCAUGCCUGGUGCCAGGAGAUCAGCCGAGACCGGGGGCAGCUGCUGCAGCUCUCUGGCAAGCUGAACCGAGCGCUGCAGCACGAGCAGGGCUUUGCUGACCGCUUCCUUCCUGAUGCUGAGGUGGCCCAGGCCUUGGGCAGGACAUGCUGGGAGGCCCUGGUGACCCCCUUGGUGCAGAGCAUCACCAGCCCAGAGCCCAACGGCAGCAGCCCCCUGGCCUGGCUGCUGAGUGAGUACCUGGAGCGGUGCCAGCCUGCUGCCAGCCGUGGUGCCCCCAGCCGUGGUGCCGCCUUUGGGUCCCGUGUGCGGCGCCUGACCCAGCUCCUGGUGCACAUGGACCCAGAUGGCCCAGACCCGGAGGAGGCCAGAGCAGCUGGUGGGAAGGAGGGCAAGGACAAGGAGGUGCCUGCCAGGGCUGCCAAGGUGGCGGUGAAGAAGUCCAACAGCCUGUGGAGCAUCUCCCAGUGUUGGCAGGGUGUGGUGCAGCAGCAGGUGCAGCGGUUCCUGGAGCUGGCAGGACAGGCACCAGAGCUGGUGGAGCGCUACUGCCAGCUGUACCAGCGCCUGCGCUGUGCCACGGAGGAGCUCUUUGGGCAGCAGUCCUCCUUCCUGCUGGCCCUGGGCCAGGGCUUUGCAGGGGCUUUGUUGCAGCUCCCCUUCCUUGCUGCCCUGCACGUCAGUGAGCAGUUUGCCUGCUACCUGGAUGGGCAAGUCCAGGAGCUCUGCAGGGCUGGAGGCAGCUUGGGGCCAUUGCAGCAGAUCCUGGAGCCCUUCGUGGCCAUCAGUGGCCUGGAGCUCGCCCACACCUUCGAGCACUUCUACCGGCACUACCUGGGGGACCGACUCCUGGCACAGGAGCCAUCGUGGCUGGAAGCAGCCAUCGUGGAGCAGCUUGGGCUGUGCUUCCCCAGCCGCUUCCCCCAGCAGAUGCUGAGCAACUUGGCCCAGUCGGAGGAGCUCCAGCAGCAGUUUCACCUCUUCCAGCUGCAGGAGCAGGACAAGCAGCUGCUGGAGCUGGACUGGAGCCCGGAUGAGGGCCCAGGGCUGGCCUCAGGGGCAGAUGUGCCAGAGGUGAAGGUGCUGACUUUGUCCCCACGCUGCUGGCCUGUGUCCCCUCUUUGCUACAUGGACGAACCAGGGAGGUUCUUCUCAGCAGCACUGAGCUCCCCCCUGGAGGAGUUUGCCUCCUUCUGCAGGCACAGCCAGGCCUGGCUGGGCUGGGAGUGCACCAAGCCCCGGCGGCUGCAGUGGACGUGGCUGGGCCACGCUGAAGUGCAGUUUGGAGACUGCCUCCUCCAGGUGUCCACGCUGCAGAUGUACAUCCUGCUGUGCUUCAACAGCAGCCAGGAGGUGGCUGUGGAGACCCUGCUGCAGGCCACAGGGCUCCCUGCUGACCUGGUGCACCAUGCCCUGGCACCGCUGACCCACAGCGAGGGCAUCCUGGUGGGGAGCUGCACGCCAGGAGGUGUGCUGCGGCUGAACCCAGAGGCCCUGGCCCAUGCCUCUGGCCCCCGCCUGAGGCUGCUGCCCCAGCAGAGGUACCUGAGGUCAGAGAGGGCUGAUAGCAGUGUCCUGGAAAGGAAGAGGAACGUCCUCUGCUGCCUCAUCAUUCGCAUCCUCAAGGUGGAGAAGCAGCUCCACAUUGACAACCUGGUGUUCAGGGUGACCGAUGCCUGUCAGAAGGGGGAGCUGGGGCCCGGGCUGCAGUUCCUGAGCUUCUGCUGCCACAGUGUGGAUGUGCUGUCCUGUAUCCUGCACCUGCUGAACCAGGGUUACAUCCGGCGCCAGGAGGAGAGGCCUCACGUCUUGGAAUACAUCUCUGCUGAACCUACAACACCCCCAGCUUCCCAGAUCCAGCCUCAACUUGUCUUCCAAACUGUAGAGAUCAAGACAGCAGCAAGCCUGGCCUGUGCUGAAAGGAGAGAGACUUUUUCCACUUUCAGGUAGACAAGGACCUGGCUGGGCUAGGAGGACAC